AUGGGUCGUCCCAAGGGUGGUACACAGAGAAGGAAAACGAAGUCUCAACAGGCCACUGAGGAGCCAGUGUAUGUGGGUUAUGAAAAAGGAGUAAAUGAUACAGAAGAUGUUUUGAAUGAAGAUAGAAUCCCUGAGGAGUCACAUGUUGAGGAAGAUAUGCAAGAGGCUGGUCUGGAUGAAGCUGGUAUAGAAGAUGAGGUUCAAUGCAAUUUAACAGAGACUGAACCUAAGCGUAAGAAACAGCGAGGACCAACAAAGAUGAAAUACAUUGCGAAAGAUCCAAAUUGUCGUGAAAAGGUUGAUUUUACUGACCUAGGAGAACCUAUUGGUUCGGGUUCUGUGAAGUUGUCAUCAUACUUAGGUCCUUUAGUGAGGGAACACGUUCCUGUGAUAAUUGAUGGCUGGAGAAAAAUCAGUGAAGAACUAAAGACAGUUCUUAGGAAAUCAGUUCAGCAAGGUUUGAGCUUGAUGAAGACUACCAAAAGAAUCUCGUCCUAA